GCGAGCUGGGUCCAGUAAUGGCUACCUAAGCGGCGGACUCUGACUUUGUUUAUAUCGGCGCUUGGAGCCGCGGAGCCGCUGAGACUCGGAGCCGCGGAGCCGCUGAGACCUCCUCCCCGUUUCCGCUUUAGUGUUUAUCUCGGGCUGAUUUAUACAGCUGCGCGCUCAGGCCGCGGGGUGCGCCGUGCGGAGGCCCUGAUGGUGCCGAUUUAAGGAUGAACUCGGUCUGGGAUCUGGCGGUCUCCUCCGCGGCGGCCAGCAGCGGCGGCGGCAGCCCGGCAGCGGCCGCCUCCUCUCGGGCUCUGCAUGUGGAGCUCACCUCGCAGCAGAGGCGUUUGCGUCACUUGCGAAGCAUCGCAGCGCGAAACAUCGUGAACCGAAAUGAUUCUCCACUGCUGGACACGUACUUCACCCUCCACCUGUGUGUGGGUGACCGCAUAUCUAGAGAUUUUUACAAGAGUGAGGUCAUCAGAGACUCUUUGAACCCAACCUGGAGGAGUUUGGACUUUGCGAUGCUGCCGGAUCUGCUGGACACGUCGGUGUCGUGCUUUGUCGUUCGGAUCUGGGGCGGCCGAGGCGAGCAGUACCAGCUGCUCAUUGAGUGGAAGGUCAACCUGGAUGGACUACGAUACACAGGACAGCAGAUCCGCUCCAGGAACCCAAAUGAGAUCAUAUUUGGACUCAAUGACGGAUACUACGCAGCUGACUUUGAUCAGAAGGAUAAUUCCGAGAGAAAGAAGAACAGUUUGCUGCAGGUGGAUCAGAGCUCAGUGAGGAACUCCUACAGCGUCUUCUCUCUGCUCAGACUGCAUACAGCCCAGCGGGCGAUCAAACAGACGCAGGUCACUGUCCAGAGAAUCGGGAAGGAGAUUGAGGAGAAGCUGAGGACAACAGCGGCCUGCACAGAGCGGAAGAAAGAGCGAGAGUGUAUGCAGCUGCGUAUCGGUGUGCUGCGCAGUGAGCUGGAGAGACAGAGGAAAGCUCUGGUGCGAGAGAUGGACACACUACAGAAAGAAAGAGUGCAGCUUCAAAGAAAAGAGGAGGCGUUCUCUUCUAAUCAUCAGAAGUUGCAGGCUGAGCGAGACACUCUGGCGGUCCUUCAUAAGGACUGCACGGCUAAAAGAGAGCAGUUUCUGAAGCUGAACGCUCAGCUCACCUUCCGCUGUCGUCAGCUCCUCUCAGAGCUCUCCUACAUCUACCCCAUCGAUGUGAAUAGUCAGUCAGACUACGUGAUCUGUGGUGUGAAACUGCCAAACUCUGAAGAUUUUCAAGCAAAGGAUGAUGGGAGCGUGGCGGUCGCCCUUGGUUACACGGCUCACCUGGUGCUGAUGAUUUCCUGCUUCCUGCAUAUCCCACUCAGGUACCCCCUCAUUCAGAAGGGCUCGCGCUCGUCCGUCAGAGACACCAUCACCGACAAGCUGAGCGAGAAGGAGCGAGAGUUCCCGCUGUACCCACGAGGCGAGCGAUUCCACUUUGAGUACGGAGUCUACCUGCUCAACAAGAACAUCGCUCAGCUUCGGUACCAGCAUGGCCUCUCCACACCGGACCUGCGGCAGACUCUGCCAAACCUGAAGAACUUUCUAGAACACGGGCUGCUGGUCAGAUGCGAUCGACACCACGUCUCCAGCUCCAUCCCCGUCCCUAUGAAGUCUCAACUGAACGUAUCCGCAGCCUCAGAGAUCACUUUCCCGGCCUCUCCGGACCGAGGAACCCGCGAAAGAGCGAGUUCGGAGGCGGAUAAGCAGAAAUACAAAGAAAUGCAAACACCUCCGCCCAGCUAUCGCACGGCCAUGGCCCAGCGUGACCCGAUAACUGUCCCGGAAGUUCUGCCUGACCCUCCUGGCCUUCUGAGCUCCUCUCUGGACGCUAGCAUUGAUUUAGCCAAGACCCUUGAUGCAGACGGCAAGGUGAAGGUCGAGGAAGCAGCUGGGCUGCAGAACGAAGCAGCUGAUGCAGACGCUGAGGUUGAGAAAGAUCUAGAAGAAAAACCUGGAGAAGAAACCAAACCUCCAGAUGACCUCCCUGUCGGAUGUCCUUUAGAAGAACCUUCCACUAGCCAACUCCCAGGCACCAUGAAUGGAUCAGCCGUGCCUGGGAAUGGCGUUAAUGUCGGAAUCGCUGCCGUGGAACAAGCGGAGGAAAUUAUGGGCACUGAAGCCACAGGUUUAGGCCUUGGCCUAGGAUUAGGGUUGGGAUUGGGGUUGGGAUUGAGCGGAGGCGCAAGGUUGGAGGAUUUUCCCUGCAUUCCCGUCGAACACGCCGUUGCUGUGGAAAGCGACGAUCAAGUUCUAGGAGAGCUAGACGCUGCUGGUUUCGAGGAAUUCUCCCGACGCAUCUAUGCACUAAACGAGAACAUGUCCAGCUUCAGACGACCGAGGAAAAACUCAGACAAAUGACCGGAACGUGGACCUGAGGGCACGGGACUCAAGAGGUCUAUGGAAUACUCAGCGUAUUGAACCUAAUCUCUGUUAUCAGUAGCAUGCAGUCAAUCGUGUUGAUGAAUUUUUCUGAACUUGGAAAACAACAAAGAGAACAAGAACACUCACUUAUAAUAGACGCCAAUGAGCAGAUGCUGGAUUCUGUCUGUAAACGUUUAUGCAAAUCUCUGAUUUUAUGGAAGAUUUCCAGGUAAUUGUAAAUGAAACUGUACGUCUCAGAGAUGGGACUGCACUCUUAAAGAUGGUUCUUCAAGGGUUCUUUAGUAAAGACAGUGUUUCUGUACAGACCCAAGAACCAUUUGCAUGCUUAAAGUUCUUUCCAUGGUGCAGUCAAGCUUCAGAUUGAUGGAGAAUAUGCAGAUAUGGUUCUAUAUAGAACCUUUUUGAAAAGGUUCUGUGUAGAUACUACAAAAUGGACAAUAGAAGAAUCCUUCCAAGCUUGACAACGUUAGAAGAACCCUUUUGGUGCAGUGCAGAACCAUAUGCAACACAUUAUCCAUCAAUCUGAAGAACCAUUCACCAUGCAAACGACUCUUGGAGUGAUCAUGGCUGUGCACUUUGCUAAAGUGUACUAAACUUGAAGAACCAUUAUUUUCAACAGUGCAGUUUUCCAAAGUGAAGAAUUUGGACAUCGUUACCGGUGAUGUGGGUACCACCAGGAAUGUGGGUGGAGUUUUUACCUGCUCCAUCUUGUCACCAUGGAUGCGAGAAAAGCUCAGACAAAAAAACAAAAGUAACCAGAAGACCUGAACUGUCGGAAUGGAGCGGCCAAAUUUGCAUCGUAUGGUCGCGUUUGUAAUAUGGAUGAUCUAGGAAGUAUAGGCCCAGAUUCUAUAUUUUUCAAGGCUGGUACAACAACAUGUCCUGGAUUACCAUUAUGGAAAAAUAUAACAUUUAUUUCUAGAGGGUUAUAAACACAGAAAAAUGUAUGCAGAUGUUUUAAUGCAGGAAUUUAAUGUCACCUAAACUGCUGUUCUGGAGUUCAGUAAAUGUGUUAUCAAAGAUCAGUUUGACAUACCAGUCAAAUCGAAACGUCUGUCCGAUGCUGAUAUAUUCUUAUUUAAGCAAAUAUCUGCUAAUAACAGUAUAAUUCAGAUACUGUAGUGGUAUGCAGCUCCCCAUUGGCUUCUGUUACAUGUGUUUUGGACUACGUUCACAUUCCAAGCCUUUUGCUCAAAUCCAAUAUUUUGCUCAAAUCUGAUCUGUGGGAAAAAAAAGCACAUGAAUUGCGAUCCGAGGGUCACAUUAAGGUCGCAUGGCCACGAAUCGGAUACGUAUCCGAUUGAGGACCACAUAUGAAAGCGGCUCAGGUCGGAUUUGAGAAGAUCAGAUUUGUGUCCACACAGACCGGAAAACACCAGAUCUGAGUCACAUUAGAGCAAAAAAUCAGAUUUGUGCCGCUUCAACCUGGCAAUGUGAACGGAGCCUUUGAGGUCAAUGACCUUUCUGCUCAGUCAGAAAAUGUGACAGAGUUACUGUCCGUGGUAACUGACCGUAUGGUACAGAUGCAUCAGAUAGAGAUUGGUUGAAAGAUGCUGGAAUAUUCCUUUGAAGACCUCCAGAUGGGCCUUAUCUUCACAAAGCCCAGCCCUGACUGCAUUGAACAUAGACAGUACAUAAAGAGAUAUAUUAUUAUUAUUACUAUUAAUAGGAAAUAUCUGGAUUAUUGACCAAUUUGCACUUCUCGAAGCAUUUCUAUAACCCUUUCAAACGAAAUAAAAGAGAAUGUUUGUGGUUGAAA